AUGGUAACAAAUAGAUAUGAUAGGUGCAGUUUGUUGCAAAUAGACAUACUGAAUAGGCCAGCAUCAAACAGUAUACCUUCUGCAGUUGCACAAGAUUUGGCAACAUGUUUGCCACCAGGGGAUCAACGCCCGUACGACAGCUCACAGUACGCCCCAAACGAGGCAGGGGAUGACGCGCUGAGCUACAGUGUCCUGCCUGCUGAAAUGCUGCCUUUUACUGCAGAAAGGCACCGAGCAUAUGACAAGUCUAAAUACUAUGACGCUACCCCCAGAGAAGUUCCUGUUUCGAGGAACCAGAUGGCACUGCAGUUAAGGGAAGAAUUGGAGCAGUGGAGGAGGUCUCAGGCUAGCUCUGUUCAGUCACUUGAAGAGCAGUACCCUCAGUGGGCAGACUGGAGGGCUGAUAUCCUACCACAGACAAGAAAGAAACGACCAUCGAGUGCACCAGAAGUUCGCACAAUGUUCAGAGGUGCCUUGAAGAAAAUAAAAGAUCUCGAAAGUGUCUUAAUGACAACCGAUGGCCUCAUGUUGACAAGACAGCUGGUUGCCUUGCAGAGGGCAGGGCUUGACGGUCUGAACAUCAGCUUAGACACCCUGCAGUCCCAACGCUACAACCAGAUCACGAGGAGGAAAGGCUGGGAGCGUGUCAUGGCUGGCAUAGAUCUAGCCUUGCAACUUGAAUACGACCCUGUGAAGAUAAAUUGUGUUGUAAUGCGAGGUUUUAAUGAAGGCAGUUUUGUGGAGUUAACAAAAGAGAAAAAUGUUGAUGUAAGAUUUAUCGAGUACAUGCCUUUCAGCGGCAACAAAUGGAAUGAUGGGAAGAUGGUCUCAUUUAGUGAAAUGCUCCAAAUAAUUAGAAAGCAGUGGCCUGAUUUUGAACCUCUUCCCAAUGGGCCCAAUGAUACCUCAAAGGCAUACCAUGUCCCGGGCUUCAAGGGACGUGUGGGAUUUAUUACCUCAAUGAGUGAACACUUCUGUGGCACGUGCAACCGUUUACGGAUAACAGCUGAUUGCAAUUUGAAGGUGUGUCUCUUUGGGAAUUCAGAGAUAUCUCUCAGAGAUGCAAUACGAAGCAAAUGCAGUGAGGAUGACUUGCUUGCCAUGAUUGGGGCAGCAGUGAGAAGAAAGAAGAAACAACAUGCAGACAUGAUGAACCUGUCAAAGAUGAAGAAUCGGCCAAUGAUUCUUAUUGGAGGAUAA